GGUAAAUUGCGCUUUCUGCACAGAUAAAACACAGAAUUGUGUUUCUUAGUUUUAUAGCAGAAAUCUAGUAGCAUCAGAUAGUGAGGAAAUAACAAACACCGCUUGAUGAAACGUCAGUCUUGGGUUUCAGGCUACCAAACAAAUAGUUAUAAAUAAAUGUAAAAUAUGAUGUCACAGUCCUUGAAUACAUUUUUGUUAUUUGUAUAGUAUGCUAAUAUAAAAUUCACUCUGCUUAAAUCAACUGAAAUGUGUUAUUAAAUAAAAGUGCUAACUUGUAUGUAUUUUGUUUUUUGUUCACUGUCAACAUAAUCUACAUAAGACUUGUAACUUUUUUUACGCCAAUAAAAAUUACAUCUCCACUGACUAUAAACUAAAUAUCAGAGGCAGAAAUUUGGUGAUGAGUUUGUUCUUGAUGUUAUAGAACUAAACAGUCUUGGCAGAUAUUAUCAGAGAUACCAUUUCUCAUAUCUACAUGAUCACAUGAUCACUCCAAGUUAGAUUUGAAACCAUUUUUCCCUGCAUCAUCGUCACAAGCGAGUCAGAAAUACAUUUUUACUGUAUUUUCAAAGACAGGAAGAAAUAUGAAAAAAAAUAAUAUCAUAUUAAUAUUGGUAGUGCUUCAGACAGCUUUUCGGUGAUACUCCGGCGGCGCAACUUCAUACUCGCUAAUACUGAAUAAAGUAGAGGAGUUUUUCAGUAAAUAUUUUAAAAAGUCAUGAAUGUGAGUCAAUAAGAGCUGUAUACUCUUUUCAUCCAGCGGUGUGUACGCCAACAUACUGCCAAGUUUUAC